GUCAGCAACCCUGCAGUUUCGAGUUCGUGCUCGAUGUGAUCGGUCGUAUGAAGCAGAGCACACUUCGCGAGAAGAAACGCGUUUAGCGAGGCAAACGCGCAUCCUCUUCCCCGCUGUUGUGAACGAUCACACGGGGAGCGAGAGAAUAACAAUUUCGAAUGGUUCAACAGGAGAAUAGCAGCACAAUGGGAGAAGAACGGACUUCCACGUGUGCGGAAAAGAAAAAUUAUGAAGUCGUGAGUUCAUGUCGACACAGACAUUCCAGCGUAAUUUCUUCAUGUUCUGAGGAUGCUGAAAGUGAAUCGACUUCAGCCGGAUAUCCUUCGACUCAGGAUGAGGAAAGAGAUGAAGAGUUUGAGUACGGCCCUGGUAUCGUUAGCAAAUUGAAAACUCGGUAUCUAAGCAUUGCCUUAAAGCAAAAUCGUGGAACAAAUAUGAGGAGAUCAUGCAGUAUGGAAAAUCUCUUAGACCAGGACAGAUCUCCGAAAGUGAAUGGUGUCGAUUUGCGUUUGGCAGUGAAUGGUGUAGGAAAUGGUGUUAAAAGCGAGUCAGCUAUAGGGAAUUUGAAGCGCGCUAAAAGUAUGGACACAUUGUUGAUGGAUUUAAAUCCUACAUCUGUAAAAGAGCUAAUGAAUGGUGAUGACAAAAAGGUACCGAAAAUAAUACGUAAAGUGGAUGGUGGUUUAAAUCGUACAGUGCCCAUGAUUUGCGACGAAGAGUUGCCCAAGCCAGAUACCGUGAAGACCUACAAGCGGAUGUUCGAGCCAGCUGAGUCUAGAAGGGGCUCUCAUUGUAGGAGACCUCCUGUUCUGAGAGCUAGUGCAAAGUCUUCAGCUCUGGCAGCAUCGAAGAAUAAUGGAAUCUUGUCAAGUCAGAGUGCCAAAGUUAAUGGAACGUCUUUGAAAAAUAAACUGAGUGCCAAACAACCGCCAGCAGUGAAAGCUCAAUCAAAUGUUUCAGCUGUUAAUGGCAUUAACGGAGUUGCAAAGAAGCCUUGUGUGAAAGAUCUCACUAGACCAGCUUACAACGGAUGCCAUGUCGUGAAAGCCAGUCCCGUUAAACUGAUUAGUAGUCCACUAGAGAAUAAGAACAUGGAGAAAGAACUAAAUAAUAAAAACCUUCUUCUUAAUAUUAGGGAUAUUCACGUACCCUCAAAGCCAGAUGUAAUCUGCAACGGUAGUUUAAAACAUAAAGAUAAUUCUAAAAUUAUACCGGAUAAAAUAACAAAUAGCAUAAAAGAAAGCAAUGGCAUAAUUAAUUCUAAACCUAAGGUACCCCCCAAUAAACCAUCUCUUAAGCCACCCAAAAUACUUCCUAAAGUACAUUUAGAAAAUGGCGUCAAGGAAUUGCCAUCAAAAAUCAAACCAAGUUCAAUAAAUGGAUACCUUAAAGCACCAGAACCAAUAAAGAAGGAGAGCAACCCUAUUCAGGAGUCAAAAAUAAAAGAAGAGAAACAAAUACUCGCUGAAAACAAAAUCGUUGAAGAAUACAAGCCUCAUGAAGUCUCAAAAAUAAAGAAUGGACUCGAUUGUAAACAAACAAAUGGAUUUGUUACUGAUAAAUCUCCUCCUUCCAUUUGUGAUAUUCCCACAUUAGACAAACCAGCUCAAGAGAUGAAAAUUGAUGCUGUGCAAGUUACACCUGACAAUCAAAAAAUAAGUGCGAAAACUGAAACUGUGGAUACACCCGUCAAAAUUGAACCUAAACCUGUAAAAAAAUUAGCCCCCAGCCCACCUUCAACGUCUAUGGUGUUUGACUUUCGUGGUAAAGAUGUGGUUCCUCACGUAGCUGUGCUACCAACACCGUUUGGAUGCAAAUCCUUGCAUCCCAAAAAGCGGCCAAUUUUAAUUGAUGGCAAAACAGCGCCAAAUGGAAAUGGCGUUGCAACAGACGAUGAGGACGAAGACUUUGUGGAUUAUAGUGUACCACCCCCCAGUGGAGUAAUAUUCGAAGGAGAAAAUAUUAAAAUUGGCCGUGGCUCUAUACUGUCUACCAGGAAUAAAGACCUGAAAAUCACCUUUGACGAUGAUACAGAUAAUAAUACCUUCGUAUAUCCGUCUGAAUCAUCACUAUUAGAAGAUUCAGAUCGAUCUGCCUCUCCUACAUCCUCUGCCAAUGAAGUCAUACCAAACGAUCAACCUCCUCCUACUCCCCCUAAGCUAAAAGCCAACACUGUCAUUGGCUCAUCUGGUCCUGGAAGUGGGUUGUCCACCUACACUCCCAGUGUCUUGAGAACCAUGGACAAUUUCGAACCUGGCAUGUUCCGGCAACCACCUGCUCCUAUUCUUCCAGAAAAGGAAGAAGAGAAUAAAAAAGAAGCGGAAGAAGAAGAAGAGAAUACGAAUAUCAGAACGGAAGAAGAUCCGGAAAUGCUGAAACCAGCAGAUCCUGAUAUCAUCUCCUCUUGGUCCCUUUCCGCAGGAACGUCGGAUCUGCUUUUCUGACAAUUGGCCCCCGCCGACUAACGUGAACGGAAUGGAUUCUCAUCAAAAACCCGGAAUUUCCUGGACUUGGUUCGGGUCUUAAAAAAGAUUGUUCCGCUACUGACUGUAUACGAGGCAGUGACUUCAUCAUUCCAUUGUGUGUCUGACACCGGUUACGGUUCAAGUGAAUAUUUCACCAUGUAGCAGUUUUCAUCCAGAAAUCAUGACUGUUUGUACAUUGAAGAUGUUGUUCUCUUAGUUUGUCUAUUAAAUAUAAUUUUUUAUGUUCUCAAAA